UCCUGCAGUCACGGCACCAUGAGUGUCUCCGCACUGAGCCCCACCAGAUCCCUGGGCAGUUUCUCUGGGCUCCUGCAAGUGGCCUUCCUGCUCGGCCUGGUGCUGCUGCUGCUCAAGGCUGUCCAGCUCUACCUGCACCGCCAGUGGCUGCUCAAGGCUGUCCGAGAGUUCCCAUCACCUCCCUCCCACUGGCUCUUCGGGCACUACAAGGAGUUCCAAAAUAAUGAAGAGCUGCCUCAGCUACUUAAAAGGAUAGAGAAGUUUCCGUGUGCCUGUCCUCGCUGGUUAUGGGGCACAAAGGUCACUAUUGUGGUCUAUGACCCUGACUACAUGAAGGUGAUUCUGGGGCGAUCAGACCCAAAGUCUCCAGUUCCCUAUAGAUUUGUGGCUCCCUGGAUUGGUUAUGGUUUGCUCCUGUUGAAUGGACAGCCCUGGUUCCAGCACCGACGCAUGCUGACCCCAGCUUUCCAUUAUGACAUCCUCAAGCCCUACGUGGGGCUCACAGCUGAUUCUGUGCAAGUGAUGCUGGAUAAAUGGGUGGAGUUCAGCAAGAACAGUGCCCCCUUGGACAUCCUUGGACACAUCUCCCUAAUGACACUGGACACCAUCAUGAAGUGCGCCUUCAGCCACCCCAGCAACAUUCAGACCGACAGGAAGUCCCUCUCCUAUACCCAGGCUAUCGAGGACCUAAAGCACCUCUUCUUUUCCCGGGUGAGGAAUUUCUUCCACCAGAAUGACUUCAUCUACAGCCUGACCCCUGCUGGCCGGAGCUAUGCCAAGGCCUGCCAGCUCGCCCAUGAGCACACAGACCGUGUGAUCCAGCAGAGGAAGAUGCACCUGCAGGAUGAGGGCGAGCUGGAAAAGAUCAGGAAAAAGAGGCACCUGGAUUUCCUGGACAUCCUGCUCUUUGCCAAGCUGGAGGAUGGGAGCAGCCUGUCUGACAAGGACCUGCGGGCAGAAGUGGACACGUUCAUGUUUGAGGGUCAUGACACCACAGCCAGUGGCAUCUCCUGGAUCCUCUAUGCAUUGGCCACACACCCCGAGCACCAGCAGCAGUGCCGGGAGGAGCUCCAGAGCCUGCUGGGGGAUGGCGCCUCCAUCACCUGGGACCACAUGGACAAGAUGCCCUACACCACCAUGUGCAUCAAGGAGGCGCUGCGGCUCUACCCGCCUGUGCCUGGUGUGGCCAGACUGCUCAGCUCACCUGUCACCUUCCCUGAUGGGCGCUCCCUACCCAAAGGAAUCUCAGUGGGCCUGUCCAUUUAUGGCCUUCACCACAACCCAAAUGUGUGGCCCAACCCAGAGGUGUUUGACCCUUCCCGAUUUGCACCAGGUGCUGCUCGACACAGCCACGCUUUCCUGCCCUUCUCAGGAGGCUCCAGGAACUGCAUCGGGAAGCAGUUUGCCAUGAAUGAGAUGAAGGUGGCUGUGGCGCUGACCUUGCUCCGCUUCGAGCUGGCUCCUGACCCCUCCAGGGUCCCUAUUCUCAGUCCAAAAGUUGUGUUGAAUUCAGAGAAUGGAAUCCACCUCUACAUCAAGAAACUCACAUAACCUAUGUGGACCGUGAUGCCCACCAGUCUGCCUACUGUCACCUGUUCCUGCCCAGACCAAGUCCCCUUGCCAGCUUUCUUGCCAUCUCACUGUUCCCCCCUCCCCACUUGUUUGAAUGUCUCCCUGUCUUUACACCCUCCACCUCUGACUAUCCCCUGAACUCUUGAAUGUCUGCCUUUCCCCAGCCUCUCUCUUCCCUGUCUUAUAACUUUUCUACCUGCCUGCCUGUUCCUGUAUAAGUUUCCGCUGCUGCUACAACAAAGGACCCAAAUGUCAAGACUUUAUAAUUUAUACUCUUACCACUUAGGAAUCAGAAAUCCAUAAUGGGUAUUGCUCAAAGAGAGAUUUGGGGGCAGGGGGGGUAGAUAGCCUUUUCUAGCUUUCUAGACAUGUUUCUUGAUUGGACUUGAGUCUCCCUGAUUAUUCCGGAUCUCUUCUAUUCUUAAAUGCACUGAAUGCGGAUGCUAAUCUCAUCUCAUUGUGCUGGGGGACUUUCCGUGGCAGUGAUCAAUCCCAGCUUCCCCUGAGUAAAUAACCUGCUCAGCCUGCUGAGCUCUUUCUUUCUCCCUAACUCCCUACUGGGAGGUCUUCUAUAAACUCCACAAAUCAUUGUCACCUGCUGGUGCUGUAUACUCAAAUCAAAUCUGAGAUUGUACUUCUGGUUCUGGAACGUAAAAUUGGAACAAGCACACUCAAUAAUCAGCAAAAAAAAAAAACCAGAGGAAUUCGGCGGCUUGGUGUCCCCAACUUUAUUAAAAUCUCCUGUGAUCCUUUUCCAAUAGUCAGACUCAUCUUAUUCCCAAAAUAAUGCUAUGGCUUAAACAGAAACCAGUGGCCAUUUAGGAAUUUAAUUUGCAAUGUAGUUAAAGGCACUGGAAAAAAUGAGACUCUGGGCUUAGUUUUCAGAAACUACCCCUGACUUAGCCUUGUUGCUACUAGACAGAAGGGUUUCUUACAGGGCACACAGAGAAGCUUUCAGGUCAUUUGUGUACAUUUGGGAGUUCCAGUCAUUGAUACCAUCUUUCUUCUCCUACUUUCUACUGUGAAACUAGUAAGCUUUAUUAUCUUAUUAUAGUCCUUAACUUGACCAAAAUGUGUUUUAAUUUCUUAAAAUUUUAUUUUAAUGUAGACAAAAGUUAGAAUUGUUGAUAUAAUUCUAGAAUUAAAAAUUACUAUAUAACAAAGCUCCAAUAUUAAAAUUGAUAAAUAUAAAAAA